AUGGCAGUGUCUCAGGUGCAGCGGGCCCAGCAUCACCCUUGGAGCAUACAAGAUGCGAAAAACCUGAUCCCUAUGGAUCCGAACGGGCUCUCCGAUCCUUACGUGAAGCUGAAGCUCAUACCGGACCCCAAGAACGAAAGCAAACAGAAGACCAAAACCAUCCGCUCCACGCUGAACCCCCAGUGGGGCGAGUCCUUCACCUUCAAAUUGAAGCCUUCAGACAAAGAUCGACGACUGUCUGUGGAAAUCUGGGACUGGGAUCGAACCACCAGAAAUGACUUCAUGGGCUCCCUGUCCUUUGGCGUGUCGGAGCUGAUGAAGAUGCCGGCCAGUGGAUGGUACAAGUUGCUGAACCAAGAAGAAGGUGAGUACUACAACGUGCCCAUUCCGGAAGGGGACGAAGAAGGGAACGCCGAGCUCAGGCAGAAAUUUGAGAAAGCCAAGCUCGGCCCAGCUGGCAACAAAGUCAUCAGCCCCGCAGAGGACAGGAAGCCUUCCAACAACCUCGACCGAGUGAAGCUCACGGACUUCAACUUCCUCAUGGUCCUGGGCAAGGGAAGUUUCGGAAAGGUGAUGCUGGCUGACCGGAAGGGCACGGAGGAGCUGUAUGCCAUCAAGAUCCUGAAGAAGGACGUGGUGAUCCAGGACGAUGACGUCGAGUGCACCAUGGUGGAGAAGCGUGUGCUGGCCCUGCUGGACAAGCCGCCCUUCCUGACGCAGCUGCACUCCUGCUUCCAGACUGUGGACCGGCUGUACUUCGUCAUGGAAUACGUCAAUGGUGGAGAUCUCAUGUACCACAUCCAGCAAGUCGGGAAAUUUAAGGAGCCACAAGCAGUAUUCUACGCAGCAGAGAUUUCCAUCGGCUUGUUCUUCCUUCAUAGAAGAGGCAUCAUCUACAGGGAUCUGAAAUUGGAUAACGUCAUGCUGGAUUCGGAAGGGCACAUCAAGAUUGCCGACUUCGGGAUGUGUAAGGAGCACAUGAUGGAUGGCGUCACCACCAGGACCUUCUGUGGGACCCCAGAUUACAUCGCCCCCGAGAUCAUCGCCUACCAGCCGUAUGGGAAGUCGGUGGACUGGUGGGCGUACGGCGUCCUAUUAUACGAAAUGCUAGCUGGCCAGCCUCCCUUUGACGGCGAGGAUGAGGAUGAGCUCUUUCAGUCUAUAAUGGAGCACAACGUUUCCUACCCCAAGUCCCUGUCCAAGGAGGCGGUCUCCAUCUGCAAAGGACUGAUGACCAAACACCCCGCCAAGCGGCUGGGCUGUGGGCUGGAGGGCGAGAGGGACGUGAGAGAGCACGCUUUCUUCCGGAGGAUUGACUGGGAGAAACUGGAGAACCGGGAGAUCCAGCCGCCAUUCAAACCCAAAGUGUGUGGCAAAGGAGCGGAAAACUUCGACAAGUUCUUCACCCGCGGGCAGCCCGUCCUCACGCCGCCGGACCAGCUGGUCAUAGCGAACAUCGAUCAGUCGGAUUUCGAAGGGUUCUCCUAUGUCAACCCCCAGUUCCUGCACCCCAUCAUACAGAGCGCAGUAUGAAACUCACCCACCAGAACCCCAACCCGCUCCCCCUGGCUCGACCGCCUGUGGGAAACGACCCUAAACCCUAAAAUUUUAAAGCCACACCUUUUUCUGGGUCCACAUGGAAGUCUGAAAAUUGUAGGGGUAUUCGCCCCUCCCAGCCCCACCCUCAGCCUGGGAGCAUCACCCGAGUGGGAACUGACGACAUGGCCAGCGUCUCCUUGGAUUGUGUCGUGGGCAUCACAACAGGGCUGUAAGUUAACCCUCCCCAGGAAGCAAAUUGAAUUUUGCCCCCCCCCCCUUUUUUUUUUUUUUUUUGGGUACGAUUUUCCAUUCCCUCCACUGUCUUUUCUUCUCCUUGGGCUUCCUCUGUCCCCACCUGCGAAAAGUCCAGGCCGGAGCCGGAACACACCUCCACCUGAGCUGUCCUCAGGAUGAAAGGGGGUGGGGGUGGCGGGUCCAGGUGGGGAGACCCCCCAACAGCCGCUGCCCCGAUGGGGACAAUCCCUAGGACCCAUGAAAGGGGGAGGAGCUGGCUCACCGUGCCUCAGACUCACCCACCCACACCCACACCCAGCCAGCGGUGACCACUAAAAAGCCCAAACAAGUGAAGGAAAAUUUCAGAUCCACUUUCCACUACCCUGUCAUCUCGUUCCCUGACUUGGUUGAUAGCUAGCAUUCUUUCUUCAGAGGCCAAACUGUCUAAGGACUUUGCUCAACGAUCAUGUAAAAUCAUUUCAGAUCAAGGCUAAAGCAGCGUGCGCCCGUGCGCCUGCUCCUCUUAAUCUCCAGGAGAUUCUCUGUGAUCCCGGGUGCCAUCAGUAACCAUGCCACUACCCAAGAGUAUUGUUAGCCAACCCCACCCGCACACACGGUAGUUUGCUGCCUGCGUGGUUACGCUCCUUCCCGGGGCACGGAAGCGUGCUCCCCGCCCCCUUUUGUACGUAUUUAUUGAAAUCGGCGGCGGCGGCGGCCCCCAGUACCAUGUACAGUAACCUACUCCGCGUGUUGACUGUACCCUCCUCCCGCCGGGGCGUCCACUUGGGAUGCGCGGUCCCGUGUCCCUCACCCGGUGCCCGUCAGAGUGACCCGACCCCCGGAGCCUCAGGAUGCACGGCUGCCCAGCGGCAGGCGCCGCGUCCUGUUGCUGCAAAGGUCUCAGUACGCGUUGCAACUGCACCAUGCAAUGAAUUUUGCAUGUUUAUAAUAAACCUUAAUAACAAGUGAAUCUAUAUUAUUGAUAAUAACCGUAUCAAGUAUACAGAGAGAGAGUAUUAUAAUAAUUUUAUAAGACA